CCUUUUCUGGUAUUUCAAGUCGCUGAAAGAACAAGCAGGAAUUCUUUGCGCUGCAGAAGGGCUGAGAUAUAAACCAGGCUGUAGAGGUUUAUAUACGAAGGGAGGGGAGACACGGCCGUCCAUGGAAUAAACUCCAGCUACUGCUACGUGAGAAAGUGUGGAGAAUCUUUCUGGGCAUCAUGGACGAUGACUUUGAACGCCGCAUGGAGCAGAGGAGGCUGAGGAGGGAGCAGAUGCGCGUCGACACUGACAAGGACGGUUACACCAACGACGAUGAGGAGGAAGCCCGGGAGCAAAGGAGGCGUGCGAGGGAGGAGAGGAAGAAGAUGAGGGACUCAGACGAGCCUGGAGCCACUGACGGGAUCGACACAAACAGUGUGGAGACCACCGGCGGUGAAGGCGCAGAUGACGACCAGGCCUUGCUGGAACGGCUGGCUAAGCGGGAGGAACGCCGCCAGAAGAGGAUGAAGGAGGCCCUGGAGAGACAGAAGGACCUGGACCAAAGCGCCAGCACCAACGGCACAGAGCUCCCUCCCUCCCUCAGACAGCGGGACACCCAGGAAGAGGAGGAGAAGCAGGAGGAGGAGAAGCCAGCCCAGGAGGAUGUGGCAGACGCCGAUACCGACCGCUGGAGAAAAGGAGAAGAAGACAAAAAGGAAGAUGAGAAGGAGCAGAUCAAGGAGAACGCUGCCGCAACAGAAGAGUUUGAGCAGCCUGACGUAGGAAAGAACGAUGCUGAAGAGGAGGCUGCUCCUCACGUUGACAAGGAGGAAGAAAAGUGGAAGAGGAAAGAAGAAGAAAUGGAUGAAAGGCUGAGGGUGGAGGAGGAAGAAAGACAAAAAGGGGAAACAGAGGAAAAGCUCAAGAAAGAGGAAGAAGAACGGCAGCUAAAAAAGGAGGAGGAGGAAAAGCAGCAGCUGCAGCAGCAGAAGAAAAAAGAACUGGAAGAGAAGAAGAAAGAGGAAGAGGAAAAGCGUAAAAAGGAGGCAGAAGAGAAGAAGAAGAAAGACGAAGAGGACAAGCGCAAAAAGAGGGAGAUGGAAGAGAAGACAAAGAAAGAGGAGGAGGAGAAGCCCAAAAGAUUUGGUUUUAAGGAAAAGAAUGAAGCGACCAAACAGAACGGGGGACUCUUUGAGAAUAAACUUAAGAAAGCCGAGAAGACUUCGAGGGACAUUGUUCCCUCCAACAAGGCCGGCGGAGCGGAGCAACAGGAGGCCGAGCGCAAGCUGCAGGAGCUGAAGCGCCGGCGAAACGACGCGGAAAGCGAGGAUUUCGAGAAAAUGAAGCAGAAGCAGCAGGACGCGGAGGCUGAGCUGGAGGAGCUGAAGAGGAAGAGGGAAGAGAGGAGGAAGGUCAUGGAGGAAGAGGAGAAGCAGAAGAAACAGGAGAUGGAGGACAAGAAAGCCAAAGAGCAGGAGGAGAGGAAGAGGAUGAAGGAGGAGAUAGAGAAAAGGAGGGCGGAGGCCGCGGAGAAGAAGAAGCAGAAGGAGGAGGAGUCUCCGAAACCCGCCUUUACGGUCACUCCCAAAGGCUCCUCAAAGAUCGGGGCAAAGGCAGAAUUCUUGAGCAAAUCAGCCCAGAAAAGCACCGCGGCCCGAGGGUCUCACACGCCAAUUGUCUCCAAGAUAGGCAACAGACUGGAACAGUACACCUCGGCCAUCCAGGGAAACAAGGAGGUCAAAUCCCCAAAGUCUCCCAUGGCGGAUAUUCCAACAGGAGGUGCACGCAGCAUCAAGAGCAUGUGGGAGAAAGGCAACGUCGGCGGCUCCUCUGAUAGUCCGACUCCUGCCAACAAGGAUGUAGCUGGUGUCAAAGGAGGCGUGGCAGGACGCAUGAACAGUUGGAUGGCGAAGCCUCCACAGGCGGAGAAGAUGGCAGCGCCCGCGGCACCACUUGCAGCAGCAGCAGCACCAGCACCAGCAGCAGCAGCAGCAGCAGCAGCAGCACCACCUGCAGCAGCAGCUAAGCCAGCAGAGGUGAAAGCCGGGGACAUCGGUAACAAACGCGGCAUGUGGGAAACCAAGAAGAGCUCUGCACCUGCAAAGGUGGCAGUCGGAGGAAAGAGCAAGUUUGUCACUAAUAGUGUAAGACCCUAACCAUUGACGUCCCCAUUUCAACCGAGUGUCACCAGGCCAAACACAAAGCUCUGCUGCUGCAUGUGCAUCCAUUUCCCUUCGACGCUGCCGCUUCGCAUGGAAUUCCCACGCAGUGAGGAAAAGACGGGGGGCCGGGACGAGUGACCCCAGGAUCAAAGGCUCCACGUGUUUGGUUUUUUAUGAAAAUACUGAUGUUUUAUCAGACUCGACUUGACUAGGAAACUCAAAGAAGGUUUUCACGUCCAUUUCUUUAAUCAAAGUUACAAAUUCCCUGUGAUGCUUAAAUGUUAUUUUACUUUCAAGCCACACUGAGAUAUCUGCUCUCCUUGUAUUUCCAUGUAGCUUGGACUCCAGAACAAGCACUUGUGUUUUGUGGUUGUAGACACACUGCUUUUUGGGAUGAUAGUCACUAUUUUGAGUCCAUGUGAUAAACCUAAUGUCCAUCUCACCGCUUGCGUUUGAAUUAUUAAACCGACACUGCGAUAGAUGUUGGCUGAGUAGCCUGUACAUAAUUGAGUCAUUUCAUAAGUAAGUCCCGUUCAUUACAAAGCACCCUUCGUGAAGGCAUUAUAGUAACUAAUAACCUCAUUAAUAGUUAACCAGGGCUGAUGUUUGGGUUGGCGAAGUUGUGACUAAAUGCAACAUGAACUUUGGGGCUCUCCGGGUGGAGAUGUCAUUGGGUCUCAUCGUCUACCUCUUUGGUCUAGACUGAAAAUAUCUCAACCAUUGAUCAAUUUUGUCAAUGGUCCACAAAUGAUGGAUGGAAGGGAUUGUCAUGUAAUUUGGUAACACACAACGAUGAUAACGUCCCUCAUCAGCUCAGGAUUGGGUUUGUCUUAUUCAUGGAUUAUCAGCUGUUAUGACGGCCGACUUCAUGGCUUAUUAGAAACUGAGUAACAAACCAUUAGUAAGUUUUAAACCAGCCAGAUAGACGCAUUGUGCAAACAUUUCUGCCUUUUGUUAACUGUGGAGGAUCACAAAUGGUAUCAUUGUAUAGUGAAACCACAAAUAGAGACUAAAUAAAGACUAUUCACUUACCAAAUACAAUUCUAUUCAACUGCAGGUAACACUUUUCUAUCAUCGGUUCACAUGCCAGCAAUAAAAGUGUACAAGGAAAUGGCUUCAAGUUUUAAUUUGAAUUCCUUGGCAACAAUAAACAAGAGUUGCAUCGUGACAAAUUGUAUCGCAGUCUAUCAGAUGUGGAAUCGCUUCGUCUGUACGUUUGACCGUAUUGUUUGUAUUCGCUUCAGCAAUAAAUGAAGU